AGGCAAAUAAAGUUUUAGGAAUGACAGAAAGGGAGGAAUGAGGAAAGAAGAAAGGAAGGAAGGAAGGAAGGAAGGAAGGAAGGGGGUGAACCAAUUCAUUUUCACUCCGUCUCUCCUGUCCGUGCAGCUCGUUGUGCCGCGCGAGGCUCUUCAGUACACUCACUACACCCCACGCGGCCACAUUCUUCAACACGCAGAGCUCUCGCGUUACCGGCGGUGCGUCCUGCACCUGAAAAGCAGCGCUCCUCUCCAAGCAGACUACAAACAAGCACCCAGUGGGACACCGAGUGGAGGCGAAAGACGCGCGCACUGGCACAGCACAUCACGGCACGGCACGGCACAGUCUACCUACCGCACAUUACCGAGCGAGCGAGGGGGGACCAUGGAGAGCGCAAGCAACGGCUCGGACGCGGAUUACCGGAGCGAGCUCCCCGUGUUUUACAACAACAACAAGAGCUUCUGUAUGAACUUCACCGACGGCAACAACACCACGAGCUUAACGGAGGCGCGAUGCGACGGGAAUCGCGGACUGACCGGCAGCCUGGACGACGACGCCAACCCGGUUAUCAUAGCGAUUGUCAUCACCGCUCUGUACUCCAUAGUGUGCGUGGUGGGGCUGGUUGGAAACGUGCUUGUCAUGUACAUCAUCGUCAGAUACACUAAAAUGAAGACCGCCACCAACAUCUACAUCUUCAACCUUGCUCUGGCCGACGCCUUGGUCACCAGCACGCUACCAUUCCAGAGCGUCAACUACCUGAUGGGCACCUGGCCUUUUGGGGACGUGCUGUGCAAGAUGGUGAUGUCUAUCGACUACUACAACAUGUUCACCUCGAUUUUUACGCUCACCACCAUGAGCAUCGACCGCUACGUCGCUGUGUGUCACCCAGUGAAAGCGCUGGACUUCAGAACACCGCAUAACGCCAAGAUUGUCAACGUGUGCAACUGGAUUCUGUCCUCGGCCAUUGGACUUCCUGUCAUGUUCAUGGCCUCCACUGUUGUCACACCCUCCAGCAUUGUUGACUGCAAGUUAAUUUUCCCCCAUCCCUCCUGGUACUGGGACACCCUGCUGAAGAUCUGCGUGUUUAUCUUUGCCUUCAUCAUGCCCGUCCUCAUCAUCACCGUCUGCUACGGCCUCAUGAUCCUGCGGCUCAAGAGUGUGCGCAUGCUGUCUGGCUCCCAGGAGAAGGACAGAAAUCUGCGCCGGAUCACCCGCAUGGUCCUAGUGGUGGUUGCCGUCUUCAUCGUAUGCUGGACGCCUAUCCACAUCUUCGUCAUCAUCACAGCUUUGAUCAACAUCCCCACCUCCACGCUGCAGACUAUCACCUGGCACUUCUGCAUCGCCCUGGGCUACACCAACAGUAGCCUGAACCCGGUUCUUUAUGGCUACCUGGAUGAGAACUUCAAGCGCUGUUUCCGUGAGUUUUGCACCCCGAGUCCGUCCGUGAUGGAGAUGCAGAACUCGUCCCGGACCGGCGCCACCAGCCGCAAACUCCCCCCACGUGACCAGAACAGUGCAAACACAGGAGAUAGGUCCAAUCAACAGGUAUGACUAGCCUUGGAGGGGUCGUCGGUGGACUCUCGCUGUUGUGGCGGCGUUG